AUGCAUAGUCAAGGCUGGAGAAAUCACAGCUCAGUAACUGAAUUUAUCCUCUUGGGCUUCUCCAGAAACCCCAGGACCAACUGGAUCCUUUUCUUUCUCUUCUUCUUCCUCUACUUAUUUACAGUCCUAGGAAAUGGGUGCAUCAUCACCCUGAUCAGAGCAGAUGCGCGUCUCCACACGCCCAUGUACUUCUUCCUCAGCAUCCUCUCUCUGCUGGACCUCAGCUAUGCCACCACCACAGUGCCCCAGAUGCUGGUCCAUCUAGUAAGCAAGAACAAGUCCAUCUCCUAUGUUGGGUGUGUGGUCCAGAUGUUCAUUUUCCUGACUUUAGGCAUCACUGAGACCUGGAUUUUUGCAGCCAUGGCCUAUGACAGAUAUGUCGCUAUAUGCUUUCCACUCCACUAUGGGGUCAAGAUGAGUCAAACCUUGUGCGUACUCCUGGUAGUCAGUUCAGCCCUUUGUGGUCUCACCUGUGCCCUUAUCUAUACAGUCUUUGCAAUGAAACUUCCCUACUGUGGUCCCAAUGAGAUCAACCACUUCUUUUGUGAAAUUCCUGCUGUCUUGAAGUUGGCCUGUGCAGACACAUCCCUUAAUGAUCAAGUGGACUUUAUUUUGGGCUUCAUCUUGCUCCUGAUCCCAUUAUCCCUCAUCUUAGCAUCAUAUGUUCGCAUCUUUAUGGCCAUUCUAAAGAUUCGCUCCACGCAGGGACGAAUCAAGGCCUUCUCUACCUGUGCCUCCCACAUCACUGUGGUCACCAUGUUCUGUAUUCCAUGCAUGAUCAUGUACAUGAGGCCUGGCUCGGAGGCCUCACCUGAGGAGGACAAGAAAUUGGCGCUGUUCUACAAUGUCAUCUCUGCCUUUCUUAACCCCAUCAUUUACAGUCUUCGGAACAAGGAUGUGAAGAGGGCUUUCCUUAAGUUCAUUGGAAAGAGUGAGGACACUCAAUAG